AUGUUGGAACUAUUUUCUGCUUUUAUUGCCACUACUCUCAUUAUUCUAACUUGGUACUUUUCACACUCAAAAAGUAAAAACAACUUUAAAACAAAAAAAAAAAACAAAAAGGCUCAUGUCACUUUAGAAUCAAUACUCGAUCCUAAAAUAUUUAAAACCUUCAAACUGAUCGAAAAGAUUCCAGUCUCUCAUAACACUUCAAAAUAUCGAUUUGAAUUACCACGCCCAGAUGAUACGCUCAGUUUACCUAUAGGUCAACACAUUUCAAUUAUGGCAGAAAUAAAUGGAAAAAAGAUAUCUCGAAGUUAUACACCGAUUACAUCUGAAGAUGGCAGAGGUUAUUUUGAUUUAGUAAUUAAGUCUUACCCUACAGGCAAUAUCUCAAAACUGAUGGGAGAAUUAAAAGUAGGUGAUUCUGUGGGCAUGAGAGGACCCAAAGGCAAUUUUUCUUAUAAGCGUAAUAUGGUCAAGGCUAUUGGCAUGAUUGCGGGUGGUACAGGUAUCACUCCAAUGCUUCAGAUCAUUCAACGUGUUUGUAAUGAUCCUGCCGAUAAAACAAAGAUUGUGUUGAUCUUUGCCAAUGUCACAGAAGACGAUAUCUUGCUCAAAGAAGAACUCGACACAAUGGCGGUCAAUUCGCCUGAUUGUUUUCAAGUCCAUUAUGUAUUAGAAAGACCUCCUAAAGGCUGGCAAGGUGAAGUUGGCUUUGUGACAAAAGAUAUUAUUCUCAAAUACUGUCCCAAACCAGCUCAUGAUAUUAAAUUAUUACUUUGUGGUCCAUUGCCCAUGAUUAAGGCCAUGACAGCAGCAACCAAUGAAUUAGGAUACCAAAAGCCUAGGGCAGUGUCCAAGAUGGAAGACCAAGUCUACAAAUUUUAA